UUUGCGUUCACCGUGAAGAACACUUCGUAGAAAAGACUAUAUCAUUAGUUUAGUAUAUAAAUACAUGGCCAUGAAACCAUGUUACUUACCAUACAAUUUAAAAAAAAAAUCAAAUCAGUGCUAAAGAAGGAUGAAAGGCUCUUGGAACGCAUCAAAUAUCAUUCAUAGUAGUUUCUCUUGUCUCUUCUUAUUUCUUUUCAAUUUUAGAGAUGUGUGUGCUGCUCCUACAAGAUACUCGUGUCGUUCUGAACAGAGGGAUGCAUUGCUCGAGUUUAAGAACGAGUUUGAGAUUGGGGAGCUUUCUUUUUAUUGUAUAAGUGGUUAUCCAAAGACAGAGUCAUGGGCAAAUAGCAGCGACUGCUGUAGGUGGGAGGGUAUCACGUGCGAUGUCAAGUCUGGGGAAGUGGUCGAGCUAGACCUUAGUUGUAGCGGCCUCCAUGGCCGGUUCCGUUCCAAUAGCAGCCUUUUCAGGCUUCAAAACCUCCAUUUUCUAGACCUUUCACUCAAUGAUCUUAGUGGUCAUAUCCCAUCUUCAGUUGGAAAUCUUUCUCAUCUCACCACUCUCCACCUUUCUGAUAACCAUUUCUCUGGUCAGAUUCUUUCUUAUGUUGCAAUCUUUUCUCUUCUCAAUUCUCUUGAUCUUUCCUACAACCAGUUUUUAGGUGAAAUCCCACCUUCGAUUGGUAACCUUUCUAAGCUCACCACACUCGACCUUUCAUAUAACCAAUUUUCAGGUUAUAUUCCAUUUUCAAUUGGAAACCUUUCUCAACUUAUCUCCCUUGGACUUUCACAAAAUACUUUUAGUGGUCAGAUUCCGUCUUCCAUUGGAAACCUUUCUCAGCUCACUUAUCUCCACUUCUUUACUAACAACUUCAUGGGUGAAAUCCCAUCUUCUUUUGGCAAUCUAAACCGCCUGAUCCGCUUAAGCAUGUUCUCUAAUAAGCUAUAUGGAAACUUUCCCAGUGCAUUACUAAAAAUGACAAGGCUGUCAACUUUAAUACUCUCCUCAAAUAAGUUCACAGGCACACUUCCUCCUAACAUCACUUCACUAUCCAACUUGGCCUUCUUUGACGCAAGUGAUAACGCUCUCAGUGGAACUCUCCCAUCUUCUCUCUUCACCAUUCCUUCUUUGACUUCUAUUGACUUGAGUGAUAACCAACUUGAAGGCACGCUUGAGUUUGGGAAUACGUCUUCACCACCUAACUUACAAGCCUUACGUAUUGGCGGCAACAACUUCAUAGGGCCAAUCCCGAGUUCCAUUUCCAAAUUAACCAACCUUGAGGAACUUGACCUUUCCAGUUUCAACACCCAAGGACCAGUUGACUUUAGUAUCUUCUCACAUCUCAAGGCACUACAAACUCUUGGCCUAUCCCAUUUGAACACAACCGCAACGAUUGACUUGAAUGAUUUCUUAUCAUAUUUCAAGAGGCUCAGCUAUUUGGAUCUCUCAGGCAAUCAUGUUUCAGCCGCAAACAAAAGUUCAGUUCCUUGGCCAUCGCUAGUCUAUAUGGACUUGUCACAAUGCGGUAUUAAUGGUUUCUUCCCGGAGCUUCUGAAAACACAGAAGCGGUUGCGGAAUCUAGACAUUUCCAACAACAAAAUCAAAGGUCAAGUUCCUGGAUGGUUAUGGAUGCUACCAAACUUGGAGAACCUGGAACUUUCAAACAACACUUUCACCGGUUUCGAAAGACCACCAAAACAUGGACUAUCCUAUGUCUGGAAACCAUCUAUAAAGAACAUUCUUGGCUCCAACAACAACUUCACAGGCAAGGUUCCUUCUUUCAUAUGUGCGUUGCGUUCUCUAAAUAUUCUCGAUUUAUCUAAAAACAACUUAAAUGGUUCAAUCCCUCAUUGUUUGGGGAACUUCAAGAGCAGUCUUUCGGUUCUAAACGUUCGUCAUAAUCGUCUUAGUGGAGGUCUUCCAGAGAAUAUUCUUGGAAACCUAAGGUCGCUUGACGUUGGUCAUAACCAGCUGACGGGGAAGCUUCCUAGAUCUUCGAUCCGUAUGUCAUCUCCUCUGGAAGUUCUGAACGUGGAAAGCAACAGAAUCAACGACACGUUUCCUUUCUGGUUAAGUUCUUUACAAAGUCUCCAAGUUCUCGUCCUUGGAUCGAAUUCAUUCCAUGGACCAAUACAUCAUCAAGUCUCAUUCCCUAAGUUGCGGAUUAUUGACAUCUCGCGUAAUCACUUCAACGGAUCUUUGCCAACGAGCUACUUUGCGAAGUGGAGUGCUAUGUCAUCACUUGGGACAAACGAAGAAGAUCGGUCGAAAGUAAAUUACAUGGAUGUGAAGUACAUGGGAGACGAAGUAGAUUAUGGAUACUACCAUGAUUCGAUCGUUUUGAUGAAUAGAGGUUUAGAGAUGGAGCUAGUAAGUAUCCUAAAAAUCUACACAGCACUCGACUUUUCGGGAAACGAACUUGAAGGAGAGAUUCCGAGGUCCAUCGGUCUACUGAAAGAGAUCCACGUGCUCAACUUGUCAAACAAUGGUUUCACUGGCCACAUGCCUUCGUCUUUGGGAAACAUGACGGCUCUCGAGUCGUUGGAUGUUUCCCGAAACAAGCUUUCGGGAGAGAUUCCGCAAGAGCUUGGGAACCUCUCGUUCCUUGCGUACAUGAACUUCUCGCAUAACCAGCUUGUGGGUCUAGUACCAGAUGGCACUCAGUUCCGAAGGCAGAAUUGCACUUCGUUUGAGGAUAACAUGAGACUUUUUGGUCCUUCUCUUGACGAAGUUUGUGGAGAUAUUCGCACGCCAGCAUCGCAACAACAUCAUGAAUCAAAGGGAGAAGAAGAGGUGAUGAGUUGGAUAGCAGUUGCAAUAGGAUCAGUGCCUGGUAUUGUCUUCGGAUUGACGAUUGGAUACAUUCUCGCUUCAUACAAACCAGAGUGGUUCUUAAACCCUUUUGGCCGAAAAAGUUGUCGAAGAAGCAGAAGCACCACAACGUAGUAGAGACUGGAGAGGCUUUUAAGGUCAACAUGAAGAACCUUGACCGACAAGAUUCAACCACUCUCUGCACAAAACUCUGUCAAACUCGGAUUAGUUAAGGUUUCAGUUAUAGUAAGUUUCCAGUUUAGCUUGGUGUUUUUUUUUUUUCUCUUUUUCUCUGUUUUUUAAGCUAAGUUCUCUGUUUCUAUGUAAUAGAAAUACUCUGUUUUGUACCUCAAAAUUACCCGCUCAUUAGAUGGACAUGAAUCAAGAGAAGAAUAGUGGAAUUCAAUCAUAUAUGUACCAGAGAGUAAAAGAUAAACCAGUAAACGAUUAUGAUUUGAGCUU